UAGUGGAAAGACGAUUACAGUAUAAAUUGACGAAAAAAAAUAUCGGCGCGUUCACUGUAACAUUGCCACCAUGAAGAACAGAGGUAUGGAAUUAGUGGUGGCCAUUUUUGGUUUGGCUCUCCUGGCACAAAAUGCCAACGGGGCGGAUUCGACUACUGUCGAGGUCACCAUACUAAAAGGUACCUUGCAAGGGUUGGAAACACAGACUGUAUUAAAUGGCGUGACUAUGUACAGCUUUAAGGGUGUAAGAUAUGCAGCCCCAGCAACUGGUACACGAAGAUUCUCUGUUGCCGAAGAGGUCGAGGCCUGGGAUGGUGUUUACGAUGCAACUCAACACGGAUCAAGAUGCACUCAGAUAUGUGUUCCAUCUCUUUCAUCUAUCAUUGGCUCAGAUGACUGUCUAUUCCUCAACGUCUACACUCCAAACCUUGAUGAUUGGGCUUCUUUACCAGUGAUGAUUUGGUUCCACGGUGGAGACUUCAAUUUUGGCUCCGGCAACAGUGACAUCUAUGGGCCUGAUUAUCUCGUCGAAAAUGACGUCGUACUUGUCACAGUAAAUUACCGACUGGGUCCAAUGGGAUUCCUCAGCACGAGAGAUGCUGCUGCUCCAGGCAACGUCGGUCUUAAGGAUCAAGUUGCUGCCAUGAGGUGGGUCCAGGACAAUAUUGCGUUCUUCGGUGGAGAUCCAUCUCUGGUUACCAUCUUUGGUAAUUCUGCUGGUGCUGGAGCUGUACAGUAUCAUAUGAUCUCACCACUCUCUAGAGGUCUAUUCAGCCGUGCCAUUGCUGAAAGUGGUCCAAUUUUAUCUACUUGGGCAAUUUCUUAUAAUUCUACUGCGUAUUCGUUUGCCUUGGGGAAACUACUAGGUAUCCAUACCACCGAUUCCACUGAACUUGUCAACGGAUUAUUGGAAGUCGAUAGUGAGUCCAUUGUUGCAACAGCCAUCAGGCUAGCUAGUGACAAGGAUAAUAUGGCAGGUCUCAACUUCAUUUUCAGACCCACAGUGGAAGUUGACGUUGGUCAGGAUAUUUUCCUUCCGGCUGACCCUUGGGUACUUUUAAAGAAUGGUCAAAUCAACGAUGUUCCGUUCAUGAUGGGUACCAACUUAAACGAGUCAAUUACUGCAGUGAAUGAUGUCAGCAAGGCAGCGUUCUUCAAUAACAAUUUUGAUGCUUUUCUACCAUUCGAUCUUAAUCUCACAGACAGUAGAACAAUUAGUGAUAUUGUUACUAAAGUCAAAGACUUUUAUUUCGGUGGCCAUGGUGUCACCGAUGAUGACUCACUUUCUUAUAUCGAGCUGAGAGAUGAUCUAGAUUACACGCAUGGGACGGAAAUGUCUUUAAGGAUAAUGGCAUACUACAUGGACAGUCCGAUUUAUCGUUACCUAUUUGCAUACGAUGGAGGACUUGGAUUUUUCAGAAAGAUUUUCGGCAUAUCACUGACCUCUGGAGUAUCUCAUGCGGAUGAAGUUGCCUAUCUCUUCUAUCAAGCUGCUUUUGGCGUCACUCCGGCUGCUGGAUCGACAGAUGAAAAAAUGGUUUACGCAAUGACAAGAAUGUGGACCGAUUUCGCAAAAUACGGUGACCCAACUCCUGAGCUUUCCACGAAUGUCACCACAGCUUGGGAAGACAUGACAACGAAAGGAAAUUUCUUGAACAUCGAUUCAACUUCAACCAUGUCGUCGAAAGUUUUCAACGAAAGAGUCCAAUUUUGGGUAUCCAUAUACAAAAAUAUUCUUGGAGAUUUUGCAUGUCUCUUUGACUAAUCAUCGCCUCUGAAAACAAUUUUCGAGUGUAUUAUGGAACAGCGUAAAUUGAUUGAUAAAUAAAUAAUUGAAUAAUGAAAAACAC